AUGAGUAAUACUCCCGGAGGAGGUCCAGACUUUGUUAAAAAGCUUUUCAAGAUGUUGGAGGAUGACUCUUAUAAUGACGUUGUAUCAUGGGGAGUAAACGGUGAUAGUUUUGUUGUUAAGGAAAUUAACGCAUUUACGAAAACAAUUCUUCCUCGACAUUUCAAGCAUUCUAACUUUGCUAGUUUCGUUCGGCAACUUAAUAAAUACGAUUUUCAUAAAAUUAGGAAUUCUGACGAUUCUAAUUCACCAUACGGAGAACAGAGAAAAACUCCAGCUAAUCAGAGAAGAAUAGCACUUAAUAAUACUAUUGAUGUUCCAAAUAUGUCACAUUUAACGGAACUUCAAUCUCAGGUUAAUAAUUUAACCAAAUUGCAAACGAAUAUGAACGAUCAUUUGCACUCUUUGAGCAAGAAUUAUCAUUCGGUUGUUCAAGAUUUGUUAAACUUCCAAAAAAAUAUGGUUGCACAAGAUCAAUUAAUGCAGAAUUUGGUGCAAUACUUGGUGAAUUUGGAAGCAGAAAAAUCCGGAAAUUACAAUAGUAGUCAUCAGUCAAGCACAUCCGGUGAGGGUAUUCCGACUCCAUUUAUACCUUCAGAACAAGCUCAAAAACUAAUUAAUUCAUAUACGGAAGUUGCCCGUGCUUCUUUUGAUCAAAUGAAUGAGAUUUCUCGUCGGGCGCAAUCAAUACAUCAUGUCGCUAGCGCUAGUGAAAUGAAUAAUUCCGGUUCAACUUCUUUAGAUUCUAAAUCAACUUUGCCAAAAGAUUUUAUUCCUCAACCGACAUCCGCAAAUUCUACUGCAUCUCAAUCUACAGAAGCCGUUAACAUAACAAAUGAGUAUUCACAUAAUCUCACCAAUACAAUGAGUUUACAGCAUUCAGAUAAUGGACUUACUGUGUUUACAGUGGGUCAUUUAAAACCAAGGCAGACACAAUCGACUUCCACUCCUAAUUUAUUACCUGUUUCUUCUUCAAAUAAUGGUAAUUCUAGUAUUCCACAUAUUGAUAACACUUCUCCACAGAGAGCUUCAAAUACUAUGCGUGUUCACCGUAGUACAUUUGUACCGGCAUGGUCUGUUCCUCCAAAGGUACUUCUUGUGGAUGACGAUGCUGUUUAUCAAAAUAUCGGUUCUAAGUUUUUACAAGUUUUUGGUUGCGCUAUUGAUAUCGCCGUUGAUGGAAUAAGUGCUGUUAAUAAAAUGAAUUUUGAAAAAUAUGACCUUGUUUUAAUGGACAUUGUAUUACCAAAUUUAGAUGGUGUUGAAGCAACAACUCAGAUAAGAAGAUUUGAUCCCAACACGCCUAUUAUUAGUAUGACUUCAAACACCACUACGCAAGAAUGUAUUAAGUAUCUUUCUCAUGGAAUGAAUGACAUUCUUGCCAAACCAUUUACAAAAGCACAUCUUCUUUCAAUGUUAGAGAGAUACUGUAUGCACUUAAAGAUCAUGCCAAAUUUCCAGAAUAUUUCUAGGCCACUGGGAGCUGCCGACAGACCAGUAACAAUUAUUUCGAAUAACGAUAACUUUUCUUCAGAUUUUGCCAAUGAUAAUAAUCUCAAUGACAAUUGGAUGUCAAAUCAAAUACCAUUAGUUGUGUCUGGAGACAAUUCAUAUUCUUCUGGCUCAAAUUUUGCUGUCAUGAAUAGUGAUGACUAUAUGCAAAUGAUGAAUAAUAUUGUUAGUGCUUCUAAUUGUUCAAAUAAUAAUGGAUCUCGUUAUUUAGAAGAUAACGACAAUAACCAGCGGCCCAGAAAAAGACCAAAAUUUGAAUUGGUUGAAUAA